AUGGUGAUGACGCUAACAUUGCACCCGAUGAUACAAUUAAUAACGAAGGAUGAUGCUGGGGAUAAUUUUUGUACUGAUAAUAAUAUUGAUAACGAAGAUGAAGGAAAAACUGUUCCUGCUACCGGUGACAAUGCUGCCGACGAUGAUACUGUUAUUGGCGUCACUACUCUUGAUGACCACAAUGUUGGAGAAACUUCUCCUCCUGGCAAUGAUAAUGCUGACGAGGAUGAUUUUGUUAAUAGUGUUGCCACGCUUGAUACUAUCGAUGACGAAGAUGUGGUAGAAACUGUUACAGCUUCUGGCGAUAAUGCUAAUGACGAUGAUGUUGUUAUUGGCGUUGCUACUUUUGACGCUACGGAUAAGGAGGAUGUUGAAGAAACUGGCGAUGAUGAUGCUGAUGAUGAUGAUGCUGUUGUUAGUGUCGCUUCCCUUAAAACUGCUGAUGCCGAAGAAGUUGGAGAAACUUUUUCUGCUGCUGACGAUGAUGCUAAUGACGUGGAUGUUGAUAAUAAUUUUGCUGCUGACAGUACUUUUGAUGAUACUUUUGAUGACGAUGAUGCUGAUCGUGAUUAA